ACGCGAGACCCGGUUUAGAGGUAGCCGUCGUCACUUGUAGACUCCGUACAUCCAACAUCUCACAGAGCAGAUCAAAGUCCAUUUUGAAGAUAGUGAAAUUGCAGUUUCAGUGCUUUUUUGUACAGUUUGCAGAUAUUUUGUAGAUAAACGUGUUAUUUUUUUGUUUAAGCUACAAUGAUUAAGAAUUGUGUCUCGGUGCUAAAACAGUCAACCAAAAUGUUAGGUCAACCGACUGUGAUGAACAAUCUGGCAGGGUCUUCCCUUCCAGUCCGCUCGCUCUGCUCGGCCAACACCUCGUACAACUUCGAAACGCUCAAACUGUCGACGCCGGCCGAAUUUGUGGUCCACGUUGAGCUGAACCGUCCUGACCGCCUGAACGCCUUCAACAAGCGGAUGUGGAUCGAGCUGGGCGAAUGCUUCUCGCGGCUGCACGACGAUCCAGACUGUCGGGCGAUUGUGCUGUCCGGGGGCGGAGCCAAGCACUUUACAGCUGGGAUUGACUUGCUGGACAUGAUGAAGCUGGGCGCGGAGUUGGGCGAAAUCGACGAUAUUGGGCGGAAGGCGAGGCUGUUUGAGGGAUUGAUCAAGCUGUACCAGGACUCGAUUAGCUCGCUGGAACGGUGUUACAAGCCUGUUGUUGCGGCGGUCCACGCGGCCUGUGUUGGGGCUGGGGUUGAUUUGAUCACGGCGGCGGACAUUCGGUACUGCUCGUGGGACGCCUGGUUCCAGGUGAAGGAGGUGGACAUCGGGAUGGCCGCGGACGUAGGGACGCUUCAGCGAUUGCCAAAAGUGAUCGGAAGUCAGAGUUUGGCGCGGGAGCUGUGCUUUACGGCACGCAAGUUCAAGAGUGACGAAGCGGCCGCGUGUGGGCUGAUCAGCAAGGUGUUUGAAUCGCGGGAGGACCUGAUUCGGGGUGCCGUUGAGUUGGCUACGGAGCUGGCGGGAAAGAGCCCGUUGGCCGUGCAAGGAACGAAGAAGAACAUGGUCUACUCGCUGGACCAUACUAACCAGGAGGGAUUGGACCAGAUUCGGGAGAUGAAUAUGGCCAAUUUGCAGAGUGAGGACUUUAUCAACGCCGUUAUGGCAUCGCAGAGCAAGGGAGAAAAGCCGGUCUUUGCAAAGUUGUAAAAUCGAGAGCAAUAUAAUAUAUUGAUACACUGUUUAAGGGAA